AUGAACUUCGCGCGAAUUACUGACGAUGGAAUACCAUCAAUCCGGGACCCAUGGCCGGUCAAAGACAUUGUUUACGUCGGCAUUGUGGGUCCGUUGAUGCUCGCAGCAUUUUUCGAAUGGGCGCUUUGGCUGGUCGCAUUUCUCUACUGCCUGGGGAAAUGCUUCGUCAAGGCUGGUGGCAGUACGAAAUGGUCGACUCGAGUUCUGGCCGUCCUUCUCAUGAUCAUUUUCAGCUGCUUGAGACUGGUCUUCCUACCAAUCAUGGUCGUCACGCUCCCGCUUCCGGCUCAAGUCGUGCAGUACUUUCCGAAGACUAUGGUGAGCGUGCUCCAAUGGUUCGCUUUCUGUUCUUUCGCCGGUCUACUCACCAUACCUUGGCUGCUUUGCGUUUACCAACUGGUAACACACAACGUCGGGAGACAGAAAAGAAUCAAGACAGUCCUGGAUGAACACUCAGCGCCGAAGGUCGUCAUUGUGAUGCCGUGCUACAACGAGAAGCCCGAAGUCCUGCUCACUACCGUGGACUCGAUUGUGGAUUGCGAGUACCCGCCAUCCUGCAUGCAUGUGUUCCUUAGCUUCGACGGAGAAAAGGAAAAUGAGUUGUUCCUGAAGACAAUCGAUCGCUUAGGAGUACCAAUCACACUGGAACACUAUCCUAAGAGCAUCGACGUCAAAUACCGAGGCUGCAGGAUCACCGUGUCUCGCUUUCCUCAUGGCGGGAAGCGUAGCGUCCAGAAGAAAACCUACAGACUCAUUGACAAAGUCUAUGAGAAUUACCUUCGAAAACAUGACAAUCUUUUCAUGUUGUUCAUUGACUCCGACUGUAUCCUCGACAAAUACUGCAUCCAGAACUUCAUGUAUGAGAUGGAGCUCAAGCCCGGUAGCAAGCAUAACAAACUUGCAAUGACGGGCGUUAUAACCUCGACGACCAAGAGACACUCCUUGAUUACUGUUCUGCAAGAUAUGGAGUACGUACAUGGGCAGCUUUUUGAACGAAGCGUCGAGAGUGCAUGCGGCGCCGUCACUUGUCUACCUGGAGCACUGACGAUCCUACGCUUCUCCGCAUUCCGGCAAAUGGCAAAAUACUACUUCGCAGACAAGGCGGAGCAGUGCGAUGACAUGUUCGACUACGGCAAGUGUCAUCUCGGCGAGGACAGAUGGCUCACGCACCUAUUCAUGAUUGGCGCCACCGAGAGGUAUCAGAUCGCGAUGAACACAAGCGCAUUCUGCAAGACGGAGGCAGUAGACACAUACAGGAGUCUUCUGAAGCAGCGCAGACGUUGGUUUCUCGGUUUCAUCACGAACGAGGCCUGUAUGCUCACGGACGUGAGGCUCUGGAAGCGCUACCCUCUUCUGCUCAUCUUACGCCUGGCACAAAACACGAUCCGGACCACUGCGCUGCUUUUCUUCAUCAUGGUUAUCUCCAUCUGUACCACCUCCCAGGAAGUGGCAAACCUUCCUGUCGGAUUUCUCGCUGUCUCUCUUGGACUGAAUUGGGCGCUGAUGUUCUAUUUUGGCGCGGUACUCGGAAGAUACAAGAUCAUGCUCUAUCCACUUAUGUUUGUUCUCAACCCAUUCUUUAAUUGGGUAUACAUGGUAUACGGUAUCUGCACGGCCUCUGAUAGAACUUGGGGUGGGCCAAGAGCAGAUGCUGCAGAGGCAGACGAAAAGACGACUCCCGCGCAGGCGAUAUCCAAUGCUCUUGCGGCUGGCGACGAAUUGAACAUCAAGCCAGAGACGUUCCGACCGAAUGCAGAAUCUCGACCACCAUUGAUGCCAUCGGACUCACUCGAAGGUCGAUUUGCGCCAGCCGAGCAAGCACCUGGUGGCUUUUACAGACAGGUGAAGCCCUCUCCCCGCUUGCACUCGGACAUGACUCCAAGGGAGCAAGAAGUCGGUGUACGUCGCGAUAGGUCACAGGACUCUUACACGUCUGAAUGGAGCUCUGGUGACUCUCGCAACUCUUUGUCAAUGCCACGCAGAGUGGAAAGCAUCGUUGGCCCCGAAAUCACAGCGGCAUAUCACCAGCGACAAGCCCAGCAGCGACCGGCUGGAGGCGCUUUCUUCGAGUCCGGAUUAUACGAUGACGAAGAAGAACUUCGACGGGAGACAGAGAAGCGAUCCGCCAGCUUGGAGCGACCUCGACAAACUGCUACACGCUCGGUGUCUGCUGACAGUACGAGGUCGGGCGACUCAUCGGUCGAAAUGCACUUCCCGGUCCAAACUGCCCCCUUAGCCCAACCGCCAAGUCCACGCGUACGAAUACCAACCAGAACAGGCGAUGCAUCGCCAAAUCGUGGAUCUCCGCCGACCGGAUUGGCUGCUCCUCUGACCUCCUACCACCCAAAUGGCCGCUCGGGCGCUGGAUCUCGCAUCGGAAAGAGUCCCUUGACGCGCAAGAGCUUCACUCGCUUGGCAACCGACGAUGCUCCAUCUACAGCUGGUACUUCCACUGAAGUCGAAGUGCGGGUGCCGAGGAGAAGCUCGACCGAGGAAGAUGUACCGAGAGGGCGAAGACGGAGAACGAGCAUGGGCCCAGACGGUCGACGUCGGCUCAGUAAGCAGGCUCCAGGAAGCAGAUCAACGAGCAGGGCCUGA